UCGAAUAGCCAAUCCACGUCGACUACGGCCAGAUUCCCCAAACGUUUGCGAUUGCAGGAACAGCAGCGCCGUGUUGACGGGAUCACUGACGCCAGGCCGCAAGAGGCCGCACACCAACGCGGACGGCGCCGCCGCAGACGCAUGGAUCGUUGCGCAUUCAUGCGGCACACUGCUUUGUCAUGAAGACGUCGUAGGAUACCACUGAUGCAGCCGCACUUGCCAAGGUGGAGGUUUGUGUUCGUUUCAAAACGUAACGAAGAGUCCCUAUGAUGGAAUCCGAACCCUUGACCACGACUCGCCGUGCAAUGGACAGCCAAACCCAAGGACGUCCCUGUUCCAUCGAACCAUUUGGGGAUCCAAGCGCGUUGGCCGUGUUGCGCGAAGGAUAUGCCGCGCGUGGCCAACCACCCCUCCAGAACAGCUACGAUUUGAUUGAUCUCGUCAACAAUGGUUCCGUCCACGAACAGGUUUACGCUUCUUCGCAAAGUUGCGUCGCCUGUGGCGUUCGUCGUGCAGCCAAUGGUCAUGAUACUCCGUCGACAAGAUAGAUUGCAUGUCGACUUGGGGUCAACGCGCUGUCGGAGAAGUUGCUGCGUCUGGUGGUGUCGUCGUUUCGUUCCAAGUACUUUUGGCUCUGCCAGUCGUUGCGGUCAAUUUGAUCCGAUCACACCGUCGUUCAACGCAACGAUCUAGCGCUGAUUCGGCACCGGCUGAGACGCGAACAAGAGCACAAAACCAUUCAGCGGCAUGCGGUGCUGUCGGCUACAAGAACCUCGUGAUCUGCAGGACGAAGCACGUUUUGGACGCUACCUUUCGACAAGCACCCUAGACAAACUGGGGUUGCAUGAGCGCCUCCCAGGCCACAAGCAUGCUGCCUCCAGCUGCGCACCAUUCGUAGCCGGCGUUUUUCCGUGGGAAAUGGAUGUACGUCGCCGCCCAUCGCUCUGGCCGAGUACCAAUGCUGCUUUUGCACAAGUUGAGCAGCGAGUGCUUGGAUCGGCCAUUGUGUCGGACGUGUGGUUGUCGAAUCUCUCAGCAAGUUCGUUGUGUACAGGACCUCCCAGGUUUCGUCGGCCCAUGUGGAGAGGUAUGGUGGUGGGCUUCCCGUGGCGGUGGACGUGGUCAAGGAUGUAUCGACCACUAUGUCAUGCCAAGCAAGAUCCAUGGCGGCCGGCAGUGACUCGUGCAUGUUGAUCAUGCGAGCCCACUUGCUAUCGUUCGUGUUGACUCUGCGCAGCGGCGCUUUACCGGCGCAGGAGGAAGUUUGGGACGUUGGCCUACUCGGCGAUGGAAAUCCACGGCAAACUGGCACAAACCCUAGCAGUUUUGGAAGGGAUAUGCAUCGCGCCACGUCCCCUGAGCUAGGAGCGCGUGUGAAAUGUUCUGCUCCAUUUGUGAACACCAGCUCGUUGCAUGGAGGCAGAGGGCACUAGCCGCGAUCUGGUCGGCAAUUCCAGCGCCACACGCAUGCAUCGAAACCACGCGAUGUUGUGUCUGAGGUGGAGUUCUUCAUGUCGAUCGAGCCUUCUUUCAGAGCGAACGCAACGUCUUUUCACGACGGGUCUCUUGGCGUCCGUCGAGAACGCAGCUCCGCCAGGUUGGCCCCAUCGCCACACACAGCGCCGAGGUCGCGAACGUACUCGCUGUUCUUUCGGUCGCGCAGCAGUCGCUUCUGCCAUCGCGUGGCUGCAAGGGUUCGUCCUGUUCGGGUUGGCGCCUUCCAUGCACUGACCACGAUCGCGAUGCCAUCUCGUCUCUAUCGAACAAGCGAACAGGAAAAUUCUCAAGCGC